AUGGAAAUCGACCACGCAAGAAUUCAAGGACUCGAAAAUGAAGAUAGUGUCGUUUUAGGUGAUUCCGGUGAGAAUAUGAUGUCGAUUCGUAAAGCAAAUGAAAUAGGAAGGCAAUAUAACGUGGCAAGAUCAAAUAGGGUGCUAGACACAAUGCUAAUGUUACCGCACUUUCUACUUGAUGGCGAGGUGAAGGAGGUAGAGAUCGGACUAAAUGCUAGUGCCAGUUACAAACCAGCCCGCGGCCGUAAGAGAAAUGUCUUCGAAGCUCAAACGCGAAAGACCUUUCGCUUCCGCUAUAAAAUUAUAAAAGUGCAAACAUAG